UCUGGGCCCAGGGGACCUGCUGGACAGCUAUGAAGAACUCUGUGCUCUGAGCAGACAAAGCCGCCGUGGGCCCAGAGACGCAGCAGUGACUUCCAGAGGAUCAUCUCAGAAGCUCAGCCUGUACAGUGGAGAACUUGUAAUCUGUUUGUGCUGAUCCCAGAAAGUUGAGCAAAGCAUCAUGACCAGCCACCAGACAGUAAAAAUCUUCAAGAAAUCUUCUAUCCCAGGAGUUGUUAUCACACAGUUUGUGAAUGAUGUUCCACAAGGAUGCAGUACACCUGAUUUUGAGAAGAAACCAGUCACUCUUACACUGCAGGAAGGUAAAAAUGCUGUUUUCAGAGCUGUGGUCAAAGGUGUCCCAGCCCCUGAAGUGAAAUGGUCACGUACACGGAAAGGAAUGGAUGAUCCUGCCAAAUAUGAAAUGUCCUUCAAUAGUGCUACAAAUGAAUUCAUUCUGCAGAUCAAGAGCCUGGUUCUGGAUGACAGUGAUCUGUAUCGCUGCUGUGCUGUCAAUGCCUAUGGAGAAGCCUCGUGCUCUGCUGGCCUCAGGAUCAUCCAAGUUGGCUUUAAGAAGAAAACAAAAUACGUUCCUGUUCAUCCUGCUGAUCAGCUCAGGAAGACACUCCAGGACUCCAAGAAGCUGCUGAAGAAGCGGGUCACAGCUCCAAAACCCAAACCCCUGGACAAAGAAGCUGUGUGGCAGCUGUUGCUUCAUGCAGAUAAGAGAGAUUAUGAAARAAUCUGCAUCAAAUAUGGAAUUGUUGAUUUCCGUGGGAUGCUGAGGAAGCUGCAGGAGAUGAGGAAGGACACAGAGAGUGAACAAGACAAGUUAAUUCAGAAUCUCAAAAACUUUGAACACAUCAGAGUCAACAAAGAUGGAAAUGCUACGUUCAGCCUGGAGAUGGAACUGAAAAAUAGCAAUAGCAAUGUUUACCUGCUCAAGCGGCUCCGGUAUGGGACAGGGGAUGAGUACAGGAAGCACUGCCUGAGGAGAGUGGGGAGAAGGUACUACUUCACUAUCAAUGAUGUGCAGCCAGAGGAUGCAGGCGUGUACCAGGUCAGGGUGGAGGAUGUCCCUAUUUUCUCAACUGAACUGGAUCCUCAAGCCAUUCCAGCGCGGUUCCGGCAGCCGCUCUCCGACGUGCGCUGUGCCGAGGCCGGAGAUGCCGAGUUCCAGUGUGUGCUGUGCACGCCCUGCCACGAGUCCCUGUGGCUGCACAAAAGCCGCCCCCUGCAGGCCAGUGACAAGCACCAGAUGUCUGUGACACCAGACGGCCUGACCCACAAGCUGAUUGUCAGGAACGUGGGGCCCUCGGACAGUGGCCUGUACACGCUCGACGCGGGACAGGGCUCCUCCAGCGCCUGGCUCGUCGUGGAAUAUGCCAAAGGAAAGAGGAGACAGGAUGAAGGAGAAAAGAUUGAAAAGGAGACAUCUGAGUGGCUGAAAGAAACAAUGGCAGACAAUGAAAGGGCAAGGAAGCUUCGGCGCCAAGAGCAAGCUGGUGAUGAAAAUCAUCCUUCCUUUGCCACAUCUUCUGGUGUGGGGAAAACUGGCUGGCACAGAACAGCCCAAGGCAGCAGCCAAGGCAGGGGCCAAGGCCACUCCAUUGAUCCUGAUGAUGGAAGCCAAAGCUUUCUGGGGAAAGAGGGCCUGCGCAAAACCCACAUAAAUGGAGAGAUGGGGUCUGGGCAGUUUUCUAGAGCAGGUCUAGAUGGAGACUCAGUGGCAAACGAUGGCAGUAUCUUUGGACUAAAAGGCUUAGGAGGCAAAAGUGGAUUAAGGACUGUCCAUGGCACAGACCCUGUAUUAGGAGGGGCAGGUGAAUGGAAUUCUGUGGAUGGCAGAGGUGAGGGUGUGCUGGGUGCAGUUAACAUUGACAUGGAUGAUGGAGAAGGUUUGGGGUCUCAGCAGGGCAAGGAUGGGAAUUUAGGUGAUGCCAGUUACAGAGCUGGCUUUGGGCAUUCUGGGAGAUUGGGUGAUGGAAGUUCUGUGCCAGAUGGGCUUGAUCCUGAUUCAGCUGGAGUGGGGGCCAGUGUAGGUGAUCUGUUCAGCUGGACUGGUCCAGGAACUGGAGCAGGGGGGAAUGCUGCAGGUGCUGGAAUGGCAGGAGGAAUGAGGUCCCACCAUGGCAAGGAUGGGCAUCCCACUGUGGGUGAUAUGAACGGAGCAGGUAUCAACAGAGAGGGACUAACAGGAACUCCCUAUGGCAAGGAUGGCCUGACACCUCACGCUAAUGUUCAGUUAGGACAGGCAGGAAGGUCUGGCUCACUGUAUGGGCCAGGAGGCCUCCCAGCUGGAGAUGGGGCUAUACCUGGUGCAGGUGGCAAUUCCACAGGAGAAAUGAAGGCUUUAUAUGGUCCAGAUGGUCAGCCACUGGGAGGAGGUGUUGGUGGUGCUGGUGGGGUUGGUGUAAGGGUAUUUGAAGCUUCCUAUGCAAAGGAUGGUCUCCCAGCUGGGGCCAGUGGUUCUGGUGCAGGGGGACUUGGAUCUCCCUAUGGAAAGGAUGGUCUCCCAGUUGGAGCAGGUGUUGGUGGGGCUGGUUCAGGGGCAGUCGGGGGUCCCUAUGGAAAGGAUGGUCUCCCAGUUGGAGCUGGUGUUGGUGAUGCAGGGGAGGUUGGGGGUCCCUAUGGGAAGGAUGGUCUCCCAGCUGGAGCUGGUGUUGGUGGUGCUGCUGGGGCUGGGGCAGCUGGUGCAGGGGGAAUUGGGUAUCCUUAUGGAAAGGAUGGUCUCCCAGUUGGGGCUAGUAGUGCUGGUGCAGGAGGAUUUGGAGAGGCUUUGUAUGGUCCAGAUGGUCGCCCACUGGGAGCAGAUGUUGGUGGUGCUGGUGGCACUGGUGCAGGGGGAUUUGGAGCUCCUUAUGGAAAGGAUGGCCUCCCAGUUGGGGCUGGUGUUGGUGGGGCUGGUGCUGGUGCAGGGGGAUUUGGAUCUCCCUAUGGAAAAGAUGGUCUUCCAGUUGGGACUGGUGUUAGUGGGGCUGGUGGUGCAGGGGGAGUUGGAGCUCCCUAUGGAAAGGAUGGUCUUCCAGCUGGGGCUGGUGUUGGUGGUGCAGGAGGAGUUGGGGGUCCUUAUGGAAAGGAUGGUCUCCCAGAUGGGGCUGGUGUUGGUGGUGCAGGGGGAUUUGGAGAGGGUUUGUAUGGUCCAGAUGGUCGGCCACUGGGAGCAGGUGUUGGUGGUGUUGGUGCUGCAAGUGCAGGGAGAAUUGGAGCUCCCUAUGGAAAGGAUGGUCUUGCUGGUGGGGCUGGAGUUGGUAGUGCUGGWGCAGGAGCACUUGGGUAUCCAUGUGGAAAAGAUGGCCUCCCUGCUGGCUCAGGAGCUGGUGGAGCUGCAGGUGGUGGUUUUGGAGAUGCUGGAUCUCCUUAUGGAAUGAAUGGUUUCCCAGCUGGAGCAGGUGCUGGUGGGGCUGGUGUGGGGGGAUUUGGAGUUCCCUGUGGAAAGGAUGGUCUCUCAGUUGGAGCAGGUGCUGGUGGGGCUGGUGCAACUGGUGCAGGGGGAGUUGGAUCUCCUUACGGAAAGGAUGGUCUCCCAGUUGGGGCUGGUAGUGCUGGUGCAGGAGGAUUUGGAGAGACUUUGUAUGGUCCAGAUGGUCGGCCACUGGGAACAGGUGGUGGUGGUGCUGGUGGGGCUGGUGCAGGGGGAAUUGGAGCUCCAUAUGGAAAGGACGGCCUCCCAGUUGGGGCUGGUGUUGGUGGGGCUGGGGGUGUUGGGGGUCCCUAUGGAAAGGAUGGCCUCCCAGGUGGGGCUGGUGUUGGUGGGGCUGGGGGAGUUGGGGGUCCAUAUGGAAAGGAUGGUCUCCCAGUUGGGGCUGGGGGAGUUGGGGGUCCAUAUGGGAAGGAUGGUCUCCCAGUUGGGGCUGGGGGAGUUGGGGGUCCAUAUGGAAAGGAUGGUCUCCCAGUUGGAGCAGGUGUUGGUGGUGCAGGGGGAGUUGGGGGUCCAUAUGGAAAGGAUGGUCUCCCAGUUGGGGCUGGUGUUGGUGGAGCUGGUUCAGGGGCAAUCGAGACUCCCUGUGGAAAGGAUGGUCUCUCAGCUGGAGCAGGUGUUGGUGGUGCAGGGGGAGUUGGGGGUCCAUAUGGAAAGGAUGGUCUUCCAGCUGGUGUUGGUGGGGCUGGAGGAGUUGGGGGUACCUAUGGGAAGGAUGGUCUCCCAGCUGGAGCUGGUGUUGGUGGGGCUGGGGGAGUUGGAGCUCUCUAUGGCAAGGAUGGUCUCCUGGCUGGGGGUGUGGCAGGAGCUGCUCAUUUUCCUCUUGGAGGUGAGGAAGCAUUGAGAUCUGGCCCUGGCAGGGAUGCCAUGCUGAGCAGAGCAGGAGGCUAUGCAGAUGGAGCAGGAGGAGAGGGCUUUUCUGGGGAAGGCUCUGCACUGUGGGGUGGAGGGUCUCCCUGUGGCAGGGACAGAGGGUCAGCUGGAGCCAGGGCUGGUGCAGGUGGGGUUGGGGGUUUGGGAGGGGAUGAAUGGGAUUCAGUCCAUGGUAAAGGAGGUGUGGCAGGUGCUGGUGGACCAGGUGGUGAAUAUGGGCUGGAGGCACACCAUGGCAGAUCUUUAGGAGGUCAAACUGGAAAGGGCACUGCCAGUGAUGUUAGAGGGCCAGGGGACAAAGAUUCAGCUGGUGACAGAGGGUCGAUGUCAGGUUCAGGAGGAGCCAGRGGAGAGGGCAGAGAUUUCGGGCCACUUGGCUCCCUGUAUGGCACAGAUUCUGCCUUUGGAGGGGCAGGGAGUAAAUCCCAUGACAGAUCUGUUGACAGUAGUUCAGGUGGGUUUGGUCAAGGUCCACUGAGUUAUGGCCAGAUGUCAGGUCCUUUUGGAGGGCCUCCUCCAGCAAACCAGAGAAACCAGGAACCUGAACUUGAUCUUAAAGCAAAUGAUUCCCUGAACAACAAGGAAAGCACGGCUCCAAAGAGACGGAGUUGCCUGGAUGAUCUCAAAGUGCCACGCUGUUACCUCAACAAGCAGCUGGCGACGGUGCGAGUGCUGAAGGGGGACCCAGCUGAGCUGUCCUGCACUGUCAGCAAGGACAACGUGACAGGAACCUGGUUUAAGGAUGGCCUAAAGUUAACAAGCAUGGAUGGAGUUGUCUUUGAAAAGAAAGGUCUUGUCCACAAGCUAAUCAUUAACAAAGUUGAAGAUAUUCAUGCUGGGAAAUACAGGUUUGAAGGUGGAGAUGUGAAAACUGAAGCUUCAAUUUUUGUUGAAGAUCCUCCUCAAGUGGACAAAGUCCUCCUCAAGAACUUGACGAGUGUCCCCACGGUGGCCAAGGCCGGGGAGGGGGUGAAGCUACGGAUCCCAUUUGAGGGCCGGGGGCCCAUCAGGGCUGCGUGGCUGAAGGACAGGAUGGAGUUGGGGGAUGACUCCAGGAUCCGUGUGGACAAGACAGACACCUGCACCACACUGUCCAUCUCCAGCUGCAACAGGAAGGACUGUGGGGAUUACAAAGUCAGGCUCAAGAAUGACAGCGGCGUCCUGGAGAUCAACCUAAAGCUCAUGGUGAUAGACAAGCCACAGCCCCCAGCAGGACCCAUCAAAAUUGUAGAAAGCUCUGCCAACAACAUCACAAUCCAGUGGAAGCCACCAAAGGAUGAUGGGGGCAAACCAGUGCAAAGGUACCUCGUGGAGAGGCAGCAGAUGGGCAGGAACGACUGGGAGACUUUGGGAGAAACCCCCAGGAGCUGCACCAGYUUCACCAUGAGCAAAGUAGAGGAAGAGAUGAGCUACUACUUCAGGGUGAGGGCCGUGAAUGCUGAGGGAGCGAGUGACGCACUGGAGUCAGGGGAAGUCAAGGCAGCUGGUAAAGCUUCCCCUGGUGCCCCAGAUCCCCCUGAGAUCAUCAGUACCAGCAGGGACACCAUCACCAUAUCCUGGAAGGCUCCUCGUAAAACUGGCACUUCCCAAAUUAAGGGAUACAUGGUUCAGAAACGCAAGAAGGGCACUGUGACCUGGAUGCCAGUCACCAACGUGCCUGUCAAAGACAAGAAGCUGAAGGUGACCAGCCUCAAGAAGGGUGUGCAGUAUGAGUUUCGGGUGGCAGCUGUCAAUGCUGCUGGCACAGGACAGCCCAGUGACCCCUCAGAGCCCACCUUUGCCCAGGACCCCAUCAAAUCUCCAGGCCAAGUGCAGGACCUGAAAGUGAGCAGCASUGACAGCACCAGUGUCACCUUGACAUGGAACAGACCUGAAGUACAAGAUGGGAAUUAUGUGAAAGGCUAUGAGGUGGAGAUGAGGCCUUGUAACAGCCUCAGCUGGACCAAAUGCUUCACCCUUCCUGCAGAAAGCACCUCAUGCAGGGUCCAGGGCCUCCAGGCCAGGGAGAAGCUGUUCCUGCGUGUGAGGGCCCUCAGUGACGGCGGCCCCGGGGAGGCAGCAGAGCUGGAGGCUUGUGCUGGAGCUGCUGCUCCUGCAGUCUCUCCCAGGUUACUGAUAGAUGACACAGUGAAAAGCUUCCUGGUUAUAAAAGCAGGGAAUCCCAUCCGGGUGAAGAUUCCCUUUGAGGGUUCUCCAGAGCCAGUGGUGACCUGGUUAAAGGAUGGGCUCCCCCUUCCCAGCCAUGCUGCUGUGAGCACCGAGGAUGGAACCACCCAGCUGCUGCUCAGGGCAGCUGAGUUCAGUGACAGCGGCACCUACACAGUGGAGCUCGAGAAUGGGCUGGGGAAAAGGGAAACCUUCAGCUUCCAAGUUCAAAUUACAGAUAUUCCACAGCCCCCUGGAGCCAUCCGGCUGGAGGAGAAUGUGCCUGGCACAGUGACAGUGACCUGGGACCCCACAGCAUCCGAGAACUGGGARAAGAACCUGUAUUACACCGUCCUGAAACGGGAAUCCCAGAAGGGCCCAUGGCACGUGCUGGGGGACCUGAUCUACAACAACAAGUUCACCUUCACCAGGGUGGUUCCAGGCAGGGAUUAUUACUUCAGGGUGGUGGCGAAAAACGAACUGGGAGCCAGUGAUCCAUCAGAGACUGUGCAGCCCUGGAGCAUUCGGAAAACAAAGGCUGAAUUUCGAGUGAAAGCACAGAAAUACAGGGGAGUUAACCAGAACCAGCCCCCGAGGUUUCUGGUGCCCCUGAAGUCACACGUGGUGGUGACGGGCAGCGAGUGUCGCAUGAGCUGCGCCGUUGGAGGCCACCCCCCRCCAAAAAUUACAUGGUACAAGGACAGCAGAGACCUCUCCAGAGAUCCCAACUACUUCUGUACGAAUGACUUCGGAGUGUGCUCCCUGGUGGUGCUGGGGGUCACCAAGCAGGAUGAGGGGGAGUACAUGCUGGAAGCCAGCAAUGAAGUGGGUCGUGCCUUCAGCAAAGCCUUCCUCGCCAUCAAAGGUAACUUGGCACAGCUGCUUCCCUGCGAGACCCACGUGGUAUCACUACUGCCCAGUGCCUCAAAAAUUGUACCCAGCGAGCUCUACCUGCUGACAAAGCAAUGGCACAUUUGGGCUGCUUUGCUGAAUUCCUAAUUACGGUAUUUGUGAUCAAGUACCAAACAGAACCAGAAAUGAAAAGGCAGAUGGAAAACAAUACUUGAUUUCUACAUGAGCCAGAGGUUUUGGAUGGCCUUGAGCAAAUUUUUUAGAAAGAACAAUCCCAUCAUCAUUAGGUAGGAUGAUAUCAAGUUUAGAUUUCUCUCCAGUGCAGAAUAAAGACCCUGGCAAAUGUGCCAGGUGAGGGGAGCAGUAAGAGAACAGCUGAUGUUUGGUGGCCAAAGCCAACACAAAGGGAAGAAGAGGGCAUGGUCAGAGGUGCUGGGAUCCUGAUGUGGAUGGAAAGGCAAUGGGGUUGGCUGGGGACAGAUUCAUGGAUACACUUAUGGAUAAAUAUUGCUGGUGACUGGAUCCAGUGAAAUACCCUUUACUUGGAGUCAAAUCUUUUCCUUCUAAUGCAAAAUACCACACUGGGACUACAGGAGUAGGCCAGUUAAACCUGUUACCCUGUUGCAGACUUUUAGGCCCUGUAACAUUUCAGCUCCGCCUCCCAUGGAGCUUUUCAGACUAUAUYUCAUCUCCCUCACUUCAACCCUUAGCUGCUUCUCUCUUGCUCUCACUUUCAGACUCCUCCCUGUAGCGUGGCCCUGCUGAGAACAUCCCUGCAUGGCUCUGAUGAUGAGAAGGUUUUGGUGAGGACUGGUCCAUAUGAAGGCUGUGCAUUUAUUGUCAGAUGUUCAUUACAGUCURAGGGGGUUAUUUUUCAGAUCCAGUAAUUGCACUUUGAACAUGAUGCUGCAUCGACAUCAAAACUGGGGGGAAAAAGCUUUCAGAGAAUUGGGUUUGUUUUUUUUUAGUGAUCAGACUUUCCAUGAGAACUUUAAAAAACAGCUUAGAAGCUUCAGGAAUACAGAAUGUGAGAGAAAAAAUAAUUGGCCAAAAUGAAACUUUCCAUGGAGAACACAGGUGAGAGAGACCAUCUUGCCACACCACUCACCUGCAACAAGGAUAUUUCUGGACACCAGGGGAUCUCUGAUCCUUUCAAAUGUACUUUUUUAAGCCAAAACAAUCACUUUGGAUUCCAUGUGAUUCUCAACAGGUUUCCCAAAUCUGGCAGGAGCAGUUCUGCAUGUGUUCYACUGCCAGUAGCAGCUAAGUCAAUUAUCUUCCCUAACAUCUAAGUUAAAAAGAGCAUCUGCCUGCUUUUUUUAUCUGGGCACGAGAUCAAUUCUCAGACCAGCCUUCACUGGGGUAGGUGUAAUUCCCAGUGAAAAUGCAUUGGUGGGAAGGACUGAAAGUCUACAACCGGUUUUGUUGUGUGAGCAGAGAAACUCUCAAAGGCCACAGCAUGUGCUGCACAAAGGCAGUGCCAGUCCUGAACCACCCCUGUGUCACCUGUGCAUCCCCUGGUCAUGGCACUGCUGGGAGCCAUUUGCCUUGUGCAGAAACAGGUGAAAAAUCCUUCCUGUCUGACUAGAAACACGAGGAACCCCCAGGGCCCUCGUGCCAUGGCCAGGGGAUCCCAGCACUGGGCCUGGACAGCAAAACGUUCUGGUGGCUGUAGGAAGAUGUCAUAGCCAGAGCCCCGAGGGUACUGUGUGACAGGAGAGAGCAGAGCCAAACACGGCUGUGGGGAUGGAAUGCUUCUUUGGAUUACAUUUUGUACGAUGUUGUACAGAUGUACCAGCAGUAGAUUAUUAAAUUAAACCACAA